AUGGAGAAGCUGGGCAUGGCCUUCGGGGGGGGCGGCCCCAGCCGGCGGGAGCUGCAGGAGACGGUGGAGGCGCAGCAGCAGCAGCUGGCCCAGUACCAGGCCCGCCUGAAGGACGUGGUGCGCGCCUACAAGAGCCUGCUGAAGGAGAAGGAGGCGCUCGAGGCCAGCCUCAGGGUCCUGGGCGCGGGCAGAGCAGAAGAGCCGGGCCCCCGGGAGGGGGAGGAGGAGGAGGCCGCCAGCGCCAGCGCCCCCUCCCCGCCCAGGCUGGACGAGGCCAGCGGCUCGGAAAGCGGCAGCACCGGGGAGCCCAGCGAGGCAGACCGCAGGCUGCUGCAGCUGAAGACCCAGCUGGCCACCGUCACCAGCGCCCUGGCCACCGUCACCCAGGAGAAGUCGCGCAUGGAGGCCUCCUACCAGGCAGACAAGAAGAAGAUGAAGCAGGAGCUGGAGGAGGCGGGCAGGAGGGCGGCCGAGGAGCUGAAGGCCGCGCAGGAGCAGCUGGCCGAGACCAGGGCCCGCCUCAUCACGCAGCAGCAUGACCGGGCCCAGGAGCAGAGCGACCACGCGGUCAUGCUGCAUGAGCUCCAGAGGCUGCUGCAGAGCGAGAGGGCCCAGCGGCAGGAGGCCGAGCUGAGCCUGGAGGAGACCAGAGAGGCGCUGGCCGGCAAAGCGGGGGUGGCCGGCCAGAUGGAAGGCUAUGAGCGCCAAGCCAAGCAGCUGGCCCAAGAAGUGGACGGCCUCAGGAGGGCCCUGCAGGCCGCCCAAGAGGAGAGCAGCAGGCCCGACCCGCAGCUGCAGGAGCUGCAGGCAGAAGUGGUUGCCCUCAAGAACAGUUUCCAAGCUCAGCUGCUGCAGGAGAUGAGAAAGACGGCUCAGGCAGAGGAGCGGGUCCAGAUGGAGGAGCGGCGGGUCACCAACCUGGAGGUCCAGAUGUCGGAGGUGUCCGAGCUCCUGGGCGCCUAUGAGAAGGCCAAGCAGAAGGACCAGGUGGCCAUCCACAAGCUGAAGGAGCGUGUUGCCCAGUUGGACCUCGAGAACAAGACGCUGGCCAUGGCUGCCUCUGGCCGCUCCCCCCUGGACUUCUCCCUCGAGGAGAGCAGCUUGGACGUCAACAUCCUCAAGGAGAAGAUGGAGAAGCUGCAGCAGCUGCUGCAGGCGGCUGCCAAGCACGGCCAGUGCCCUCCGGCCCUGGAGACCUUCUGCCUGCCGGAGCUGCCUGCAGGUGGCGGCACGGAGAACGGAGACGGGGAGAAGGCCUCUGCCGCCUACUACCAGCAGGAGCUGAAGCAGCUGAAGGAGGAGUUUGAGAGGUACAAGCUGCGUGCGCAGGUGGUCCUGAAGAACAAGGCGGCCAAAGACGGGAGCCUGGCCAAGGAGCUGGAGGAGGCCCAGGAGCAGCUGGCGGAGCUGAAGGAGAAGUACGUCUCCCUGCGGCUCUCCUGCGAGGCGGGGGAGAAGCAGCACCGAGCGGAGCUGGAGGCCAAGAAGCAGGAUCUCUCCCGCCUGCAGCAGCUCCACCGGCAGGAGCUGGAGAGGGCCCAGGCGGCCUGCCAGGAGCGGCUGCUCCUGCUGGAGGAGGAAAUGCACAAGCAGCGGGACCGGGCCCUGGCCAUGCUGGCCGAGAAGGACCAGGAGCUGGAGCAGCUGCGGACCGUGGUCUUGCCCUCCGGCCUCCAGGGAGCCAGGAAGGCCCUUGCCGGGCCAGGCCCUCAGGCCAGCAGCAGCAGCAGCCAGGAGCCGCAGCCGGAGGGGACAGAGUCUCUGGAGAGCCUCACCCAGGCGCUGCGCCUGACUGCUCCCGGCGAGCCCGGCUUCCUCCUGUACACGGAGCAGCUGGCCCGCCAGGAGGUGGCGGUGGCCGCUCUGAAGAAAGAGAAGCGCCGGCUGGAGGCUGAGGCCCACCGCCUGCAGGCCAGGCUGCUGCAGGAGGGGGAGGAGCACCGGGAGGAGGUGGCUGCCCUCCAGGGCCGCCUGCAGAAGAGCCUCCGGGACCAGAGCAGGGAAGGCGCCAACCUGGAGUACCUCAAGAACAUCUUCUAUCGCUUCCUCACCUGGACGGACCUGCUGGGUCGGCAGCAGACACUGACGGCCAUCCUGACCAUCCUCCGCUUCAGCCCCGAGGAGAGGCAGGCGGUGCUGAGGCACGUGGCUGGCAGCCGCAGCUGGUGGCUCUCGGGGAAGAGGUGA